AUGUUUGAAGUUAGUGGUAUAGGUCGGUGCGAACGAUUGUUCGGGAUUCUCGAGGAAAACAUGGUUCAGUUCAAACAGUCGCCUCUUGUUGAAACUUCGCAGACACCUAUACUGCGAAUGUGUAACGAUCUUUUGAAAAGACUCAGUAGAAGCGCUGAGACCUCAUUUUGUGGUCGCAUCUUAUUCUUCCUUAGCAGGUAUCUUCCACUAAGCGAAAAGUCUGGCCUAAAUUUGAUGGGACAUUUCAAUACUCAAAAUGUGACUAAAUUCGAUACAUCAGAAACACAGCCUGUUGAUCUAAUCAACGCCUCAGAUGAAGAAAUGGAGACAGGGGAAAUCAAAGAGACAAAGGAAGUGAAUAUUCCCGUUGAUCAUGCGUUAUACUCAAUGUUUUGGCAGAUGCAGUCUUUUUUCUCAAAUCCACAAUUUGUUUUGACAAGCAACAAUGGACCACGUUCCAAAAGAAGGCCACGAAUCAAAUUCGAUCCCGCCGAAAUUGACAUUGGAACACCCGAGCUGACUAAGCUGUGGAGUAUUGAGCCAAAUCUACUGGAAGCUUGCAAAAACAAAAGGCGAAAAUUCGCUCCUUCCUUGGUGGACUUUCUCCGAGAUCCGAUAGAUGAGCUCGACCCCGAACAACAAGUAGAGGAGCAAUACAAAUCAACUCGUGAUCCUGCGUUUCAGUUUCGUGCGUGUAGAUUGCUUAUGGUUGAGAGUUCACAAUAUAUUUCUGCUCAAACUCAACAGACGCUCAGCAUACCUCAGUUUUUGGAUAAUGUGAUACUGAAGACGGGAAAAAAUAUGGAGGAGUUCCGAGCAGAGCUCCAAGAACGUGAAGAACGACAAGCGAGAAAAGCCGUUGAAGAGUCGUUGUUACGGAAUCGUUCGAAUGGUGUUGAAGGGUCGGCGUCACCGAGUCCCGAUUACGAAAUGAGUGACUCAACACUAGCUAAGCUUGCAUCUAUUCUGGCACCUCAUUGGAAGAAGUUAGCAGAAGCCAUGGAAAUGAGUGACAAACGAAUACAGGACCUAAAAGGCCAAACAGUGAAAAUGCCCGCUUUUUUCCUCUCAAAAACAAAAGGACCUCCCAAAAAGAAAAUCGGAGUUAAACGAGGUUUGAAAGAUGGUGACGAUAAGGAAGCAAGGCUAUCAAGGCGGCGGCGGAUGAUGGAAAGGACAGAAAUAAGCUCAGAUGAUGAUGAGGUCUCCGUCGCUAGUGGACGAAUAUCAGAAGCCAGUGAAGGUGAAUAUGAGAUUGAAGACAUUGCACGGAAUCAAAGCUAA